UUUAGCGUGUUUGAGAUGCGGGUUCGAGCCCUGCUGGGGGCAAUUGAUUUUUACUGACCGAGACCAGGAUGAGUUUCUAGUUAACAUGAACCUUUUGUGGGAAACUAAACCAUUUUUAUAUUUUUCUUCGAAUUUUAGAUGACUUCAUUCACACGCGCAUUGGAACUUUUCAACCCUUCCAACGGACGUCAUUCUCUUCUUUGCAAACAAUUGGUCAUUUCUUCAUUUUUCCAAGUGCGUAACAACUGCCCUUGGCACCGAAGCAGUUACCAACAAGCAUACUUCCCAUUUAGUGUCAAACACAAAUUAAAAAUGGACAAUAUUAAUCGACUUUUGUAUGAAACUAAAGGAGGAAAACACAUUUUGAUGAGACGCUUGUUGGGAGAAAAACAUUUUAUUACGUGGAAUUGGCCAUCUAAGAAAGCAAAGAAUGAUCGACUCGCUUAUCCUCUUUAA